AUGUCAGAGAAUUUUCUCAUCUUAGGGCUGCCGUUUUUUCCGCAGUGUGCGGAUACCCUUCCGUCUUCCCAGUUUAAGUACCUUGUGACACAAAUGGGACCGCUGGGUCAAGCACUACGACAGUUUGUGGUACCUACAUUAAAAGUGGGAACCCUGGAUUCUCUUAUUGAAGCAAGCGAUGACCUCUCAAAGUUGGAUCCGCAGCUUGAAAAUGCUGUGGAGAAACUUAUUGGACUGAUGGAGGAGAUUUCCCAGAAGCCCCGCGCUGUCGUUACUGCCCUUCGUAUUAAUCAAACACAGGAGAUGACCCCUGCUGGAUAUAUCAAGAAUUUUUUAUGGAGCUCAGCGCAGUUUGACACAAAAGAAGGUGUUCAGAGCCUAAUUGAGAAGCUUUCACGAAUAUCUUCAUCAGUGGAAGAACGGGUGCGUGUAUUGUUUACUGAGUACAAUGAUACACGGAACAAACUGAACGCAGCAACGAGGAAAAGUCAGGGAAAUCUUUCUGUUAAGCCUAUUCGUGAGUUGGUCGCUUUAUACAAUCAACAAAAUCAAUGCUUUGUAGAGACCGAAAUGCUUGUGACGAUUUUCGUUGCCGUGCCUGCGGCGUCACAAAAGGAUUGGACUGAGACGUACUGGUCACUCAAUGAGUUUAUCUGUCCCCAAUCUAACCGAGUCGUUGCCGAAGACAAGGAGUAUGUGCUGAACAGUAUUGUCACGUUUCGCAAAGCGAUGGACGAUGUGAAGAUGGCUUGUCGAAAGAAACGGUUUAUUGUUCGUGAAAUUGAUGGAGCUGAUGAUCUUUCGGUGAUAGAAAUAAAGGAGCUAAAUCAAAAGGCUGAAAAAGAGCGAAAGACACUGUACACCGUGGUUUGGCAACAAUACUCUGUAUGCUACGUGGCAUGGAUUCAUGUGAAGGCACUUCGUGUCUUUGUGGAAAGCCUAUUGAAAUAUGGCUUGCCCCCUCGUUGCAUACCAGUUGUGCUGCAGGUAGAUAGCAAAAAAGAAAUGGAAAUUAGGAAAAAGAUAUCACAGCUUUAUCCUAAUUUAAUUUCACCUUUGGCAAACGAGCCGACAACUGAUACUGGAGCACUACAGUACGAGUACCCCUAUGUUUCAUUAAAAGUUACGAACAUCCAGAAGGCAUAG